UUGGCCACUCCUUUGUGUGUGGUACCAAAAUGAAACACUUCUACUCAGUAAUUUUGCUUGAAUUUCAACUCACAACAAUCUUCUUCUUACUCGUCUAUUCAGCAGUUGCAACUGCCUAUGAACAAUGCCACAUUACAAUCUAUAUAUGCAACAAGACCAAAUUGAAGAAAUAAACAUCAGUACCUUAAUAUACUAGAAAUGAGGCUACAACAACUCAACAUGUUACUAGUACUUUUUUUCUUGAUUGUUCUUGCUGGUAGUUUUCCAACCAAAGCAAAAGGUCCAGUGCCACCUUCCAUGGAUUCUCCCAAUCCUCUCUUAGCUGAUCAUUUCCCAGACCAAUAUUGCGUCAUGGAAGAAAUCCCCUUUGGAGUUGAGAAAGACCAAUCAGUAGAUUGGAAGGAAACUUCAGAUGAACAUGUUAUAAUGAUGGACGUGCCGGGGUUGAGAAAAGGUGAGAUAAAGAUCGGAGUGGCAGAGAACGGCAUGCUGAGAAUUAUUGGAGAAAGGAAGAAAGAAGCUGAGAAAAAAGGUGAUCGUUGGCACAAAGUUGAAAGGGUGUACGGAAAAUUCUGGAGACAGUUAAGAUUGCCAGAGAAUGCUGAUUUGGAUUCAAUUAAGGCUAAUAAGGAAAAUGGAGUUCUUACUUUGACAUUUAAUAAGUUGUCGCAUGGUAAGAUCAAAGGUUCUUGUUAGCAAGGAUGAGGAGGAUGAGAAAUCAGGCAAGAUCAAUAAUAAUGGGGAUAGUAGCACUGAACUUUGAAAUAAGCUUUUUAAAUCUAUGUUUGGUUUGAAUAAAGGGAUUUUACCUAAGAUUUAGUUGUUAGUGUGAUGAAAUUAAUCACUUGUUUGAUGAUUAGUGUUGUAGAGGGUUUAGAAAUCUCUAUAGCUAGUUAGGUUUUAUGUCUCUGUAGCUUUAUUUUGUAUGUUUGAUGCUCCUUGA